AUGCAGUUCUCUGUCCUCCUCGUUGGCUUUGUUUCAGCACUAUCCGUUGGUACAGCCACCGCGGCUAAGCUCGACAUGAGGCUUACCGCCCCCAAAGAGCAGAAGCGCAGUGUCAUUGAUUCGGGCGCUUGCCAGCGCCAAUCCAACGGAAUUAUCGAGAGCUGGCUUCAAUGCAACGUAGGCUUCGACAUGUGCCCUGACUAUGGCGUCUCGUGGACCGAUUGUGCCGCUGAUUGCUGCUCGGUCUCUACUAAGAAGGGUCGCGGAUGCCCCGGCAAAUAG